AUGGACGAAAACGUGCGGAAUGGAAAUUUUUCUCACCUUCCAUCACAGGAAGAAUUGUUCUCCCCGAUCCGCCUGCCAUGCGGUCGUACGGUGCAGAACAGGUUUGUCAAGGUGUCACUGUACGAACACAUGAGCGCUCUCUUUGGCGGCCCACCAAAUGCAGCCCACUUUGAAUUAUACAGCCGCUGGUCGCAAGGACGCUGGGGCAUGAUUAUGACCGGGAACGUGCAAGUCGCCCGCGAUCAUCUCACCCUGGGUAGAGAUCUUGUUAUCCCCGAACAUAUUAGCCCAGAGACACUUAAGCCCUUCGAACGUCUGGCCAACAUCAUCCACGGUGGAUCUGGGAAGGGAUCCGAUGGUAGACAAUCUACCGCGUCUCUCGCUAUCAUGCAGCUCUCACAUGCGGGUCGCCAGUCCCCAAACUUCCUUGGCGGACGCUGGCCUUUCAAUCCACCGUUUGGCCCUAGUGCUGUCCCUGUCGGCCGCAGAGGAAUUUCACGGGGCGAACAUACAACCACAUUCUCCAGGUUUCUUCACAAUAUCUGUUUUCAGACUCCCACUGUCAUGUCAUUAUCUGACAUUGACGACGCCGUAGCCUCAUUCGUGAGAGGUGCGCAGGUCGCAGCCCAAAGUGGGUUUGACGGCGUUGAGCUGCAUGCCAGCCACGGAUAUCUCAUCGCACAAUUUAUCUCGCCCAAGACAAAUCUUCGCUCCGACGCUUACUCCGAGCCGCUGCAUUUUUUGUAUCAUAUCGUGUCAUCCAUCCGGUCUCCUGGUAUGGUCCCCGAUAAUUUCAUACUUGGGAUCAAGCUCAACGCCUCAGACUACGUCGAAGAGUCCUCAAAUGGAACUGAGGAUGAACAAGCCUACUCUAGGACUGGAAUGCAGGAAACCCUGGCUCUAGAACACGUGAAGGAAAUUGCCCGCUGGUCAAUGGUGGACUUCAUACAGGUCAGCGGAGGUGACUACGAACAUCCAGACUUCAUGUCUGUGAGGAGUGGAUCUCAGCGCCAAGGGCUCUUCGCCCACUUCUCCCGCAACGCUGUGCGGGCGCUCACCUCCCAGUCUCUCGACACGCAAGAUUCGACGAGGAACGAGGAAGCUGGUUCUUCAACGGCACCACCCAAACCGCCACCGUUGGUACUCUUGACAGGCGGCUUACGCAGUCUCCCUCUCUUAUCGUCCGCACUGUCCCAGAAGCAUGCACACCUCUUGGGCCUCGGCAGGCUGUCUAUCCUCUACCCAGAGCUCCCCCGAACGCUAGCGGAGGCCCUAAAGAACGGAGACAACACACUCCUGAUGGAAUCUCCUCCAGAGCCCGACAUCCACGGACUCGGAAGGCGCAAGGUCGAAUUGGGGGACCAUAUAGCGCGGGUGUUCCUCUCCUUCCUCAUGUGGCUAUGGACGCUGUUCCCGUUCGAGUUUCCAAGGCUCGUCGGAGCAGGGACGACUAUGGCGUGGUACAUCGUCAUGUUGCGCAGGAUCGCGGGCGGACGGGAGCCGGACUAUUCGGUUGGGGGGUUGAGUGCAGUGUUGCGAAUGUGGUUGUGGUUUGCGCCUGACGGUGAAGCGGGAUCUACCACGACGAACAGUAUACUGGAUUCAUGGAUAGUGAUGGGGCUAAUAGGUCUGGUUAUUGGUUUGGCCGUUGGUAAUAUCGUAUAA